AUGCCCUCUUCUUUUUCUCUCCCAUCGCACACAGCACAAAAUCUCUCUCCCUGGACCAGGCCUUUACCGCCGCUCCAUUCCCCGUCUCAUACUCUUACACACCCGAAUCCCACCACCCACCAAAUAGCCCCAGGUCUUCAUACGUACGGGUCGGUCCUCCCGUCUCCCUUUAUCUUAUCGCCUGCCGCCCACUCCGAGUCAGGUCGGUGGUUUAUCGAGUCAUCCCCUUUCGCCCCUCCAUACCCUCCAUCCCACCUCAUCGUCGCUUCCUUUCUCUGGUCACACGCCUCUUGUGAGAACUUGCGGUGCGCCUUCUUCACUGUCUGCCCACACGAGUGCCCUCCUUUUUCUACUGCUGCUCGUGCACACAAUUGCAUACUUGCAUCGUAUCAAAUUCCGACAUCUUCUUCUCUGCGACAAAUCGAUCUCAUCGCUCCAACUUCAUCCCACUCCCUCACGACUAAGUGGUUCUUUCCCGCAUACUAA